GGGGCCGCCCCCGCACCGCGUUCCUAACGCCGCGUUCCGCCGAUGCUCCGCUGCCGUCCGGGGGGGUUCGGAGCUCCGCUCUCCCCCCGCGGAUGGCGCGGCCCCCGGGGCUGCUCCGCGCCGCGCUGCUCCUCCUCACCGCCGCCUCCUCCGCGCCCCGACGGCGCUGCGGCCCCGUGGCGCUGCCGCAGGACACGGUGCUGGGCCGCCCCGGAGCCAACGUGACGCUGCUGUGCCGGGAACGGGAGCCGCCCAACGGCACCGUGCUGUGGUCUGGGAGGCGGAGGGCGCUGGGGGGGGGCAACGCGCUGCUGCUGGGGGGGCUGCGGCCGGAGGACGCCGGGCGGUACAGCUGCCACCUGGGGGGUCACACGCUGCGCACCGUGCGCCUGCUGGUGGAAGCACCUCACUGCCCCACAGAGCCCCCCGAGCCCCCCCACGUUUCCUGCUCCCGGCGCAGCCACGACAAAGAUGUGCUCUGCGAGUGGCGGCCGCGCGCAUCGCCGGCUCCGGGCACGCGAGCGGUGCUAUGGAUGAAGCGCAGGUUCACAAUGGAGAACGCGACGGAGCAGCGGUGCCACUUCUACUCCGCGGCGCAGAAAUUCGUCUGCCGGGUGAAGGUUCCGCCCGGCACCGACGACACCAAAGCCCUCGUGGUGUCCGUCUGCGUCAGCAGCCGCGCGGGGAGCGCCGCCGCGGAGGACCGCAUCUUCACCCUCAAUGGCAUCCUGAAGCCGGACCCCCCCCUGAACGUGACGGUGGAGGCAGUGGAGCGUUCCCCACAGCGGCUGUGCGUGCGCUGGAGUUACCCCCCCUCCUGGGACCCCCGCUUCUAUUGGCUGCGCUUCCAGGUGCGCUACCGCCCCGAGCCGGCCCCGAACUUCACCCAGGUGGACCAGGUGACGCGGACGUGGUUGGACAUCCGUGAUGCCUGGCGUGGCAUGCGGCACGUGGUGCAGGUGAGGGCACAGGAGGAGUUUGGGCACGGAGCGUGGAGCGAAUGGAGCCGGGAGGCGGUGGGCACCCCCUGGACAGAGCCCCGGGAUGUCACGGAGAUGGGGCUCUACAGCUCGCAGUUCCCUGCUGAGGAUGAUCCCUACGGCUAUGGGGCCACGCUGCCACCCGAGCUCUUUGGUGAUGACACUGCUGAUGAUGCCGGGGGAGCUGUGCUGGAGGCCGCCGUCCGCUCCCCCACGUCCCCCUACGCCCUCCUGGUGGCGGGGGGCAGUCUGCUGCUGGCCAUCAUCCUCUGCUUCGCCAUAGGGAUGAGGUACAAACAGAGGGCACGGGCACAGCGGGGGGCGAAGCUGGAGGGUGGGGGGCAGCACCCAAUGGUACCCCUUUGCCCCCCUGGUUCCCCGCUGAGUGCCACCCCCCUGCUGUCGCCCGCUGCCCCCCCCGGGCCUCUCCAUGUCACCAAUUUGGAUUAUUUCCUCUCGGGAAAGUAACUGAGGGGGGGGGGAGCAGUGCUGGCAGCUCUCCCACCCCCCCCUGGCUGAGGCCUGGCUCAGGGUGUGCCCUCCCCCCGCACCGGGGGCAUCGACAUCCCUAUGGGGAUCCAGUCUGGGGGGCCCUUACUGUGUCCCCGGGGGGGGGCAGCUCCAGGGCCACGGCCAAGCUGGAAGCACUGGAGCGUGAGAACAGGGCUGGAUUUGGUUCGGAGUGGCCACAGGGAGGGGCUGAGCCCCCCCUCAAUGCCGCGGGGGGGGGGGUUUGGAGGGUCCGGCUGGAUCGGCCCCAUCCCACUGCACCGCAGAGGGGAUUUGGUUGUGCUGGGGGGGUCCGUUUGGGACGCCCCUCCCAAUAAAGGCGGUGUGAUUUUAA